GCCGGUUUCGAAAGGCGCGAGCCAGGUCCUGAGAAGGCCGAUGACGGCGCUCCCCUGACCGGCGACCACAGGAAGGGCUCUGCUAGACAAAGAGAGUGGACGCGGCUAGCUCUGGACGCUUAAACCCGGUGCUGUCGGCUCGUCCAACGACAGGCGGAUCCGCGGGCAGCCUUCCUGCUCUAGGACCCCGGCGGGCGCGGCGUGGCGGGAAGGAAGAAGUUUUAAAGCGGAGUGACUUGAUUGAUGCCGCAGCCAGGGCGAGAUGAAGCUGCACUGCGAGGUGGAGGUGAUCAGCCGGCACUUGCCGGCCUUGGGGCUCAGGAACCGAGGCAAGGGUGUCCGAGCCAUACUGAGCCUUUGUCAGCAGACGCCCGGGAGUCAGCUGCGGCCCCGCGCGAGGGGCGAGCCGGGCAGCCUGCGCCCCGCCUGCCUGCUUAUCUCUACCAUGAAGGACAAGCGCGGGACCCGCUAUGAGCAGCUAAAGGAAAACAUUGAGCAGUUCUUCACCAAAUUUGCAGAUGAAGGAAAAGCUACUAUCCGGUUAAAGGAGCCUCCUGUUGAUAUCUGUCUAAGUAAGGCCAAUUCUGGCAGUUUGAAGAGUUUCCUUUCAGCUGUGAGACUGGUUCAUAAAGGCUGUGAUAUCAACGCAUCACUUUCCACACUCACACCAGUGAAAACAUCAGAAUUUGAAAAAUUUAAAACAAAAAUGGUUAUCACUUCCAAAAAGGACUAUCCUCUAAGCAAGAACUUUCCAUAUUCUCUGGAACACCUUCAGGUUUCUUAUUGUGGGCUUGUUCGAGUUGACAUGCGUAUGCUUUGUUUAAAAAACCUUAGGAAGUUGGACUUGAGUCACAACCACAUAAAAAAGCUUCCAGCGACAAUUGGAGACCUCAUGCACCUUCAAGAACUUAACCUGAAUGACAAUCACUUGGAGUCAUUUAGUGUGGCCUUGUGUCAGUCUACACUCCAAAAGUCACUUCGGAAUUUGGAUCUCAGCAAAAACAAAAUCAAGGCACUCCCUGUGCAGUUUUGCCAGCUGCGAGAACUUACAGAUUUAAAACUUGAUGAUAAUGAAUUGAUUCAGUUUCCUUUCAAGAUAGGACAACUAGCAAACCUUCGUUUUUUGUCAGCAGCUAGAAAUAAGCUUUCAUUUUUGCCAUGUGAAUUUAAAAACCUAUCCCUUGAGUAUUUGGAUCUUUUUGGAAAUACUUUUGAACAGCCAAAGGUCUUUCCAGUUAUAAAACUGCAAGUGCCAUUAAGUUUAUUGGAAUCUUCUGCACGAGCCAUACUAUAUAAUAGGAUUCCAUAUGGCUCUCAUAUCAUUCCUUACCAUCUUUGCCAAGAUUUGGAUGCUGCAAAAACCUGUGUUUGUGGAAGAUAUUGUCUGAACUGUUACAUUCAAGGAACUACUACCAUGAAUCUCCACUCUGUUGCUCACACUGUGGUCUUAGUAGAUAAUAUGGGUGGUACAGAAGCACCUGUUACCUCUUACUUUUGUUCUCUAACCUGCUAUGUAAAUUCCUCUGAUGUGUUAAAGUAAUAGGUGAUGCCACAAAAAGAAAUUUUAUUUAGUUAUAAAUAAGCUUGGGAUUCCUUUGUGACUUAUGAUUUUGCAGUGCCAAAUUGGAAAAAGGGAAGCCUUUAUUUAUUUAUUUUUUCCCCCACUGGGGAUUGAACCCGAGGGCACUUAAUCACUGAGCCACAUCCCCAGCCUUUUUUUAUAUUUUAUUUAGAGACAGGGUUGCUUAAAGCCUUGCUAGUUUGCUAAGGCUAGCUUUUAACUCAUGGUCCUGCCUCAGCCUCCCAAGCUGCUGGGAUUACAGGGUGUAGCACCGUGCUAGGUUCAAGGGAAGCCUUUUAUAUAUACUUACUCGGGGAAAAGAAUGUGUGUUAUGCCAACAUUUCUAGUCACUUGACCUUAAAACUUUAAUUUCAUUAAAACUGAUCUUAAUAUUA